UUCAAUAAUACAAUUACAGUCAACAAGUUGUUUGCGUACUGAAUAUUUUCCGACGAUUGUUGUGCAUUUUAUUGUUAUUUAUUUUAGUUUAAUACCAUGGAAGGUUUUGACGAUCCUGGACUUUUCUUCUCCGAUAACUUUGGAGGCGAAAAUGAUAACCAAAAUGAUAGAAAUGUUAAUUUACAAAGUACUAAAAGAAAGUUCAAAGAAUUUCUUCGUACAUUCAAUGAAGACAAUUUCUAUUUUAAAUAUAGAGAUACUUUGAAACGCAACUACACAUUGCGUAAAUUUUAUAUUGAGGUAGAAAUGGAGGAUUUAGCAGGAUUUGAUGAAACUCUUGCAGAUAAAUUAAUGAAGUUACCCAGUGAACAUUUAGCUAUAUUUGAAGAGGCUGCAAAAGAAGUUGCAGAUGAGAUCACAGCUCCUCGGCCAGAUAAUGAGGAGGUUGAGGAUAUUCAAGUUUUACUCACUUCUGGUGCUAUUCCAUCUAAUAUCCGAGAUAUGAAGAGUGAUUCUGUAUCAAAAUUAGUUAAAAUAGCCGGCAUCAUUGUGGCAGCAUCCGGAAUAAAGGCGAAGGCUACCAAAAUUUCGAUCCAGUGCAGGACAUGCAGUAAUGUUAUUCCAAAUCUCCCCGUCAAACCGGGUUUGGAAGGAUACGCAUUACCUCGCAAAUGCAACACUGAAGCAGCUGGUCGUCCAAAGUGUCCACUAGAUCCCUACUUUAUAAUUCCUGAUAAAUGCAAAUGUGUAGAUUUUCAAGUACUAAAACUACAAGAAUUGCCAGAUUUUAUACCCCAGGGAGAAAUUCCUCGUCAUAUGCAAUUAUAUUGUGAUAGAUCUUUAUGCGAAAGAGUUGUACCAGGUAACCGAGUUUUGAUUCAUGGAAUAUUCAGUAUUAAGAAAGUUGGAAAACCCAGCAAGCAAGAUGGACGUGAAAAAGCUACAGUAGGUGUUCGAUUACCAUACAUGAGAGUUUUAGGUAUUUCUGUUGAUGCCCAAGGCGCUGUGUCAAGAUGUGGAGCCCCAUCAAAUGAAGAAGAAGAAACAUUCCGUAGAUUAGCUGCUUCCCCAGAUGUAUAUGAACGAAUUGCAUCUAGUCUUGCACCAAGUAUUUUUGGAAGUGAUGACAUUAAGAAAGCUAUUGCCUGCUUAUUAUUUGGUGGAUCUAGGAAACGCCUUCCUGAUGGCUUAACUCGCAGAGGAGAUAUAAAUGUUUUACUCCUUGGUGAUCCUGGUACUGCUAAGUCUCAGUUAUUAAAAUUUGUUCAAAGAGUAGCACCGAUUGCUGUGUAUACUUCUGGCAAAGGAUCUAGUGCAGCUGGUCUGACUGCUUCCGUAAUGCGUGAUCCUGCUACCAGAGGUUUUGUCAUGGAAGGUGGUGCUAUGGUUUUAGCUGAUGGAGGUGUUGUAUGCAUUGAUGAAUUUGAUAAAAUGAGGGAAGAUGACAGAGUUGCAAUUCAUGAAGCCAUGGAGCAGCAAACAAUUUCUAUUGCAAAAGCUGGUAUUACUACAACAUUAAACAGCAGAUGCUCAGUUCUUGCUGCAGCAAACUCAAAUUUUGGUAGAUGGGAUGAUACUAAAGGAGCAGAAAAUAUUGACUUUAUGCCAACAAUUUUGUCUCGUUUUGAUAUGAUUUUCAUAGUAAAAGAUUUACAUGAUGAAAACAGAGAUAUUACUUUGGCCAAACAUAUUAUGAAUGUACAUUUAAGUGCUAAUAAAGUAUCAGCCGAAUCAAAAGAAGGAGAAUUUUCAUUAUCAUUCCUCAAGAAGUACAUAGAUUUUUGUCGAACACGCUGUGGACCAAGACUGAGCGCUGAGGCUGGUGAGAAAUUAAGAAGCCGAUAUGUUUUAAUGAGAUCUGGUACCUUAGAAGUGGAAAAACAAACUGAGAAAAGAUUAGUCAUUCCAAUAACAGUGAGGCAGUUAGAAGCUAUUAUAAGAAUAUCUGAAUCACUUGCAAAAAUGCAAUUACAACCAUUUGCCAAUGAAAGUCAUGUUAACGAAGCUCUCAGAUUAUUCCAAGUUUCAACUCUGGAUGCUGCUAUGUCAGGAAGUCUUGCAGGAGCUGAGGGAUUCACAACAGAUGAGGAAACUGAUUUAUUAAAUCGUAUUGAGAAGCAGUUGAAAAGAAGAUUUGCAAUUGGAUCACAAGUUUCUGAGAUGAAUAUUGUCCAAGAUUUUGCUCGACAAAAAUAUCCUGAAAGAGCUGUUUUAAAAGUUAUUCAUACAAUGAUUAGGAGAGGUGAACUUCAACACCGUAUGCAAAGAAAAAUGUUAUACAGACUUUGUUAAUGAUAUUCUUGCCAUGGUAAUUACAUUAUUUUAUACUAUGUUAGAUGAUUUUUUACGUAUUUAUACUAUUUCUUGUUUACUGUUUUAAUGUUAAUGAAAUAAUCUCCAUUUUUCCUGUGAAUUGUACAAAUAUAAUUACUAAUCUUAAUACAUGAAUAUG